GUCCGCGUCGCCGUCGCCGGGCUGUGUGGCCCGUGGCCGCUUCGCCUGCUUGCCGGCUCCUCAGGGCCCGGGGCGGCCGGCCGGCGGGGUCCUGCGGUGCUCGCGCCUUUGGCGCCACCGGCGCCGCGGGCUGUAGGCCAUGUCCCGGAAGCAGGCGGCCAAGAGCCGGCCCGGCAGCGGCAGCCGCAAAGUGGAGGCCGAGCGCAAGCGGGACGAGCGGGCGGCCCGCCGGGCCCUGGCCAAGGAGCGACGGAACCGGCCCGAGUCCGGCGGCGGCGGCGGCUGCGAGGAGGAGUUCGUGAGCUUCGCCAACCAGCUGCAGGCCCUGGGGCUGAAGCUGCGGGAGGUGCCGGGGGACGGCAAUUGCCUGUUCAGAGCUCUUGGGGAUCAGCUGGAGGGACACUCACGAAAUCAUCUCAGGCACCGACAGGAGACAGUGGACUACAUGAUAAAGCAGCGGGAAGAUUUUGAGCCGUUUGUGGAAGAUGAUGUUCCCUUUGAGAAGCAUGUGGCCAGUUUGGCAAAGGCUGGCACUUUUGCUGGCAAUGAUGCAAUCGUAGCCUUUGCAAGAAAUCAUCAGUUGAAUGUGGUGAUUCAUCAGCUUAAUGCCCCUUUGUGGCAGAUUCGCGGCACAGAUAAGAGCAAUGGGAGAGAACUCCACAUCGCCUAUCGCUACGGGGAGCACUAUGACAGUGUCCGGAGGAUCAACGACAACUCGGAAGCACCUGCUCAUCUCCAGACCGACUUUCAGAUGCUUCACCAAGAUGAAUCGAGUAAAAGAGAGAAGACCAGGACAAAAGCAGUUGACUCUGAAGAUGACCUGAGAGAUGAAGUGGAAGAUGCUGUCCAGAAAGUUUGUAAUGCAACUGGAUGUUCAGAUUUUGAUUUAAUAGUCCAGCGCCUGGAAGCUGAGAAUUAUAACAUUGAAUCUGCAAUACUUGCUAUGCUUCACAUGAACCAAGGGAGAAGAAAUAAUAAUGCAGAGGCGAACCCUGAGCCCGGUGGCCGAGAGCGGACGCAGCAUGGCCACUUGUGGGAAGAGGGUGGCAGCGGCACCAGAGUCUUUGGAAACCAGGGCUUAAAUGAAGGCAGGAGCGAGCACAGUAAAGCGCAAGCCAGCCCUAGUGAAGAACACAAAGCAAAUAAAAACCAGCUCUCAAAGGUCACAAACAGACAGAGGAAGGAGCAGCAGCGACUGGAGAAGAAGAAACGCCAGGAGGAGCGGCACCGGCACAAAGCCCUGGAGAGCAGGAGCGGCCCCAGGGACACGGAUACGAGUGCGCAGGUCACCCUGGUGAAGACCUUUGCUGCUCUCAACAUCUGACUCCCGGCCUCCUGGGAGCGGUCCAGAGCAGACGGAGACUGGGGUGCCUGGGCCAGGUCCAGGGAAGCCACGCUUCACAGAACCCACACAUUAGCUCCAACGUGGAGUACGUUUCCUUGAAGCUGCCUUUUCUUUGUUCAAAGUUUAAUUUGAUGUGUUUUGUUUUAUGGAAGUUGAAGCCGUUCACCCUCGGUAAUGCCAGCUUAGGGUGGUGAACGUCAGGGUGGACGGAGAGAUCAGGGGGUCCUUUCUGUGUGUCGCUUUGUGUGCAGAAUCAGCUCAGUGGGCCUGGGAGCUCCCCUUAACAUGGGGGUGAGUUUUGCUGUAAUUAUUCCUAAAAUAGUUUACAGUAAUUGUCAGAAACUGAACUGCAGGUUUCCUUCGUUUCUCUUUCAUUUGCAAACAGAUGUUACCACAUAGGGUAGUUUCUAAUGAUCUCCAACUCAGGAACAAUUUAGAUUUAAUUCUCUUCUAAGCCAAGUUUCUCAAAAACGAAUUCAGGAAGUGUUUUCCCAAAGUAGUGUGAUCUGAGAGUUGUGGAAAUGAAGUGCGUUUCCUUCCCUUCUGACCCUGGUUUCA